UGUCAAGUCUUAUGCCAACACCGCUGCAGCCGCCUCAGUAGGGCAGCGAGAAGCACCGCUGACGCAUUCGAGCAGCGCUACAUACUCAUACUUUGCUGCGGAAGUGAGUUCAUCAACAACUGUGGUCAUUGCAGCAGCUGUGUGGGCACAGUGGCACAACAUCAAACUACACAAAAUCAGGCUGCGAGGGCAACAAGCCUGGCCGCCUACGGUGCAGCAAGAGUCGUCGCACCCGCUGCAAGCGCGUCGGCGCCACAAAGCACUGAAAAAUGAGCAAAACUCUAACAUUAGCGGAGGUCGCGGCCCACGACCGAGAAGAGGACUGCUAUUUGAUCAUCGGGAAUGAAAGGACGGGCGGCGCCAAGGUGUAUGAUGUGACGAAGUACCUUGACGAGCAUCCGGGCGGCGACGCCGUGUUACUGGAACUGGCCGGCAAAUACGCCGACGACAUGUUCGAGGACAUCGGCCACUCGAUGAACGCGCGGCAGCAGCUCAAGGAGUUCUUGGUCGGCACGCUCGACGCGACGGAGGAGGAGCUCCAGGCGCUGCGGGCGCCGGCGCAUACCGGGAACGGCGACUCCUUCCUGCUUGUGGCCGUCGCCGGGGCGCUGGUCGCGGCGGUCGGGGGCUACUUCGUCUUCAUGGCCUAGAUGAGUAGUAAUAAAACGAUCGGUUG